UGACAAUUUCUAUCUCUGUAUUGUUUAAAUACUUACUGUUGAUUGUUGAUAUGUUUCUUAUAUGAAUGACAUAACAAUUCCGCUAAAUACAAAUUCCUGAAUUCUGCCCUCUCUGUGUUUUGGUUGGAUUCGUGUAAUUCGGUCAUCUCGAAAUACUAAAACUACGAUUACAAUAAAUUACUACAAAUUGGCGUGGCGAUGGAACUAAAUAACCUGGGAAAAUUUCCUAUUAAUGGGUCUCCGCGGGAGAUUGCUGAUUAUUUGGAAUGUUUCGAUGCGUGGUGCAUUUCAAAGAAUGUUCGGGAUGACAAAAUACCAGCACAUUUCAUCACUGCUAUUGGGCUAGAUGCGUAUAGCCUAGUAAAGACUCUGUCAUUUCCAGAUAAACCUAUUUCUCUGUCAUAUGUCAAGACUCGUGAACUUCUGACAAAUCACUUUCAUGUAACUACAUUUGAGACCAGAGAGAGGGCUCAGUUCAACAAACUGGUUCGUGCUCCCAACCAGAGAAUUAGAGAUUUUAUUCUGCAACUCCAAAUACAAUCUUCAAAGUGUAACUUUGGAGAUCAGCUGCAUGCUCAACUACGUGAUCGUCUAAUUGCUGGAAUCAAUAUUCCCAAGUUAGAGAAAGAGUUAAUUCAGAUUCCUUCUUGUACCUUUCAAACUGCUAGAGAUUUAUGUAUUACAUAUGAAGAUGUCAAUAGUGAAAACUCUGCUCCCACUACGUCAGUGUCUGAUGUUAUGCUUUCUAAAGUCGAAAAUACAAGUGGUAAUGGAAAGCAAUCCAAACUGCCGUCCACAGGUAAUAGAAUGCAGCCAGAGAUCAAAAACAUUAAGCCGUGUUUAUCCUGUGGAAAGUUACAUCUACGAAGCACUUGCCGUUUUCGGGGUGCUAAGUGUCACAAGUGUGGUAAAGUUGGACAUAUCAAGACUGUUUGCAGAAUUUCGAAUACUUAUGUUACUCAGAAUUCUUAUAAUUCUGCCAAUCUGUCUAGUAAAAUGGAGUCAAUGUGUCUUUCAACUUUUCAAAAUACUCAAGCUAAUCCAAUGAAAACCUCCACUACAAGUUCAGCAACUCAAGCGUCAACUGUUUUCAAAAAUGAGGUAGCUGAGUUACAAUGCGAACUGUCGAAAACACGAAAAAACUGAAUGAGAUGAGAGAGCAACUGAUUAAAAUGGAGGAAUUGCUGCAUAUGCAUAGACUGAGUUUGUUGAAUGCAGAGCAUACAAGUACCCGUGAAAGUCCUGCAAAACUUUUCAAAUCUCGAAUUCUCAAAAAGCAUCUGAUGUCCACGACUUCUAAUGUACAUUACUACAAAGGGAAUGACUAUAGACCUUCUGUUGGAAUUAUACUACAAAAAAUGGGAAAUCGAGUGGUGAAGAUAUUAGACAUCAAAGAUCACUCAGUUCAUAACAGACACCUGGACAAAGUGACAAUAAAUGAAGUAGGUCGUUCCAAUUAUUAUUUUAAUGAUUCCGCUAAUAAUCCUGAUUUUUUAGAUAAUUCAGAAAUAGGUCCAGAUAAUACUGAUGAAAAUAAUAUCACAGAAUCAGUUAGGUCGCAGCUACUUUCAAGCAAACCGAGACAUCGUUAUAAAUACGCAAGGAGAUAUUCGACGUGUGGCGGAUGUGGUGAUUGACAAUUUCUAUCUCUGUAUUGUUUAA